AUGUCUGCCUCGGGCGAACGCAAUGACAAGAGCAACACUGCCGGAGCAACAUACGGUACCGGCUACUGUGAUGCACAGUGCCCUAAGCAGAACUUCAUUGGUGGCAAGGCAAAAAUGGACAUUUGGGAAGCUAACUCCCGCGCCACUGCGUUCACUCCUCAUCCAUGUGCUACACGUGGUUUGGUCAAGUGCACUGGGCCAGAUUGUGGCGCUGGUAACGACCGCAGACAAGGAAUCUGUGAUAUGGAUGGCUGCGAUUUCAACUCCUAUCGUCUCGGCGCUAAGAACUUCUAUGGUCGCGGCCCUGAGUUCACUAUUGACUCAACCAAGAAGAUGACUGUUGUCACCCAAUUUAUCACCGAUGAUGGAAAGGAUCGAGGUGAACUCGUAGAAAUUAGGAGAUUGUAUGUACAGAACGGUGUUGUUAUUGCCAAUGCUGCGGCAAAUCUCACAGGUCUGUUGAACUACGAUUCUAUCAGCGAUGAGUACUGCGCGAAGGAAGUCGAGGUUCUCGGUGGAUCUGGAACAAAUGAGUUGAGGGGAGGAAGCAAGGUUAUGGGAGAGGCAAUGGAACGUGGUAUGGUUCUUGCUCUCUCGCUGUGGUGGGAUAACGGUAGUUACAUGUGGUGGCUCGACGGCAAGAAUCCUGGAGAUCCAGAAUCCCUCCGACGAGGGCCAUGCAACACUGAGGUGGAAUCUACCCCCCAGUACAUCACCGCAAACUCCAAGCCAUCAGUCAUCUUCUCUAACAUUAAGUUGGGAGACUUUGGAACUACUUACUGA